GCGGUACCCGGGCUGGUCGGUGUCGGGGCCGGCGGUCUGGGGCCCGGCCGGGUGGUUCCCGUCUGCCCCGGGUGACAGUCGGAGGUGGCGGCGAGGCUCGCCCCGCCACUCGUCAGUGCCGAACGCCCUGGGAAGAGUCGGCGGGAACGCGGCCAGGCCGGGGCCUGCGUCCUAAAGCGGCGUGUAGUCGGGUCCAACACUUCAGUUUUUGAGACUCUGCGCGAUUUAAUGGUGCGCUGAGUUUGCUCCAUAAGGAGGUGGUUUAGAAGAGAUGUAUUAAAUUUAUGAGACAAACUUGUGCUGAUCCAGAAGCCCUGGGUGCAGUGCACAAGCCGCGUGCAGCCAGCAGCAGCACUGACCAGCAUCCAGGACUCUGCUGUCAGAGCGACACAACGGAAGUGAGUGCCUGAGGGGGCUUCAUGUGCCUGGAAGAGAAUUACUCUUCUUGAUUCCUGCACCCAAAAUUGAAAUCUACCACUGAAGUCAAUAUAAAAGAAAUGAUAAAAUUUUUUCUUAUGGUAAACAAACAAGGUCAAACAAGACUGUCCAGGUAUUAUGAGCAUGUAGAAAUUAAUAAACGGGCAAUACUGGAAGCUGAAGUAAUCAAAAACUGUCUCUCCCGUUCAAAGGAUGAGUGCUCUUUCAUUGAGUAUAAGGACUUCAAGCUGGUGUACCGACAGUAUGCAGCUCUUUUCAUAGUUGUUGGCAUCGACCAGACAGAGAAUGAAAUGGCAGUAUAUGAACUAAUUCAUAAUUUUGUGGAAGUUUUGGACAAAUACUUCAGCAGAGUGAGUGAAUUAGAUGUAUCCUUUUCAGUAUCAGGAAUGCAUUUGUUACAGUAUGUAUGUUGCAGUUCAUACCAUCCUCAUAGCACUGACUGUCACUCAAGUCAAUGCAGAUGUUCACCAGUUUUGCACUUGGAAUCAUGUUCAAUUUGGACAGAGUGCACAUCAUUUUGGAUGAAAUGGUGCUAAAUGGUUGCAUCGUGGAAACGAACCGGAACAGAAUUCUUGCCCCUCUGUUUGUGCUUGACAAAGUGGCAGAAGGCUAGGAAGAUGCAAGAGUGACUAAGGUGUUUUACAAAAGAUGGCAAAAGCAUCAAGAAUGUGCAUAUAGCAGUUUUCUGCUGCUGCAAGACUGACUCACACAACAUUCAAAUUAGUCAGAAAAUAUUUUCCAUUUCUCUUAUAUGUGUACCCAAUGGGAAAGAUACAGCUAAACAUUUGGAUGCAUUCAGAUGCAGCUUCACUGAUCCAGCAGAAACAUUCCUAGAAUGGUCAAUAAUUUUGAAACAUUUUGAGGAUGAAGAAAUGGAAACUUACCAUGACUGACUAGGUACCACUUUGAAUUAUGUAGUGUCAUGCCAGACCUAGAAGAUAUAAAACAUAGAAAUAUAAAUUCAAACUGAGUUUCAGUCCUUCCCUUAAGCACCAGCUUGAUUUAUUUUCAUACAAAUUUACAGUUAAUAAUAGUUCUGUGACUUUUAUGCCCACUUUUUAACUAUAGUCAUCCUUCAUCAAAAAGCUGUUUUUUCAUCAAAAAAAGGUUUCCCUCCCUUUGCAAUGCAAGUCAUGGACACAAAAAGAAAAGUACAGAUGUAUUAAGUAUUUAUGCAUACUUUGCAAGCUGUAACUGGAAUAAUUUAGCACUUAAAUAUUAUAAUAUUAAUAAAAUA